AUGUUGGGUGAGGGAUCAAGCAAUAAGAUAAAACCUCUGAGCAAUGAUGCUGUUUCCAGGCUUAUUGAUGAGAUGGCCGCAGACGUUGAAUCAAAACUCAUCAAAUUUAUGAGAGAAUGUAAAUUUGCGUUGCAGAUUGAUGACUCAACUGUGAUAGAUAACAAAGCUAUUGUAUUAGCUUACGUGAGAUUCAUAAAUGAGAAUGGUGCUCCUACCAUGUCUGGUCGUCAUACUGGGCUUCUAGCGCACCUUAAAAAAGAAGUACUGAUGGUCAUCACCAUUCAUUGUGUCAUUCAUUGUCAACAUUUUCCUGCAAAAAAUUUGAGUGGUGCCCUGCAUGACAAUUUACAAUUCGUUAUUUCUGGCAUCAAUGAAAUCAAAGCUGAUUCUCUCAAUGACUGUUUGUUCCGAGAACUUUGCCGUGAAAAUGAUGAAGAUUUCGAACGCUUGCUCCUACAUACAGAUGUGAGAUGGCUUUCAAAAGGAAACUGUUUGCGUUGUUUUUUCGAAUCGUUUGACUCGGUUACUGAGUUUCUCGACACCACUGAUCCUGUUUUAAGUGAGAGUUUGAAGCAAUUCAAGUUUGAAACUUCGUACCUCACGGAUAUUUUUGAAAAAAUGUACGAAAUCAACGUAAAACUUCAAGGAAAUAAAGUGAACAUUAUCAGGACUAAGGAAAUCAUGUGUUCAUUCAUCGCCAAGUUUGAUAUCUACAAGUCAAACAUUGGUCGCAAAGAGCUAAUGCAAUUUCCAACUCCUAGAAAGUGUUUAAUGGCAGAUAUCGAGAUUCUCGAAAAUAAAAUCAUAAUUUUUACUGAUCACCUUGACCUGUUAAAAACUGAUAUGGAAUCAAGAUUUAAAGAUUUGAUGAAAUUAGAAAUUCCGGAUUGGAUUUUCGAUCUUUUCUCUUUUGAAGUUGUGGAUAAGUUCACUUCCUCUUUGCAGACUGAGUUUUUAGAUUUGAAGUAUGCUAAAGUCGACUUUAAAAAAUACGGUUACGAGUUAGCUUGA